AUUUAUAUAUGUAUAAGCGACUUGUUCGCUGCUCAACCCUACCUGAAGAUUCACGAGGUGGCAUAGGCAGAGUCCACCAACAAAAAUCAGUCCAUGGUUAUGGUUGAAUUAAAACCUUAGCAAUUUCCCUUUCCUUUUUUCUAUCCAACCGAAAGAAAUGAGAGGAGAUUUGGAGAACUUUGCAGCGGCAGUAAAAUUGGAAGAAAUGAAGAAAUGUUUGUUCAACACUCGCAUUUGUGGGUCGAACCAGAAAGGGAGAAUAACCAAAGGAGCAGCUGCACAUCAGUGGGAGAAUUUCUCCAAGGGAUUCUACCAAGAAUGGUAUUGGGGUUUGUGAGGUUAGCUGGUGAAGAGAUCAACAAUUUUUGGGAGACUAAGAGUUUCCUAUGGUUGCUGGUAGCGAACAAGCUUUUCAAGCUUGUUAAGGGUGGGCUGCCCAUGUAUGUAGCCAGUCAUGGUUUAUACAACUGAAAGCCUCCAACAGUGUUUGUACCACCAUCAAUCAAAGAAGAUGUUGAGAAGCUGUUUGAAAUUAAUAGGGCAAUGGGCCAAGUGGAACUAAACCUUGAUUUGGUAGCACUAGAUGUUGGUGUGUAGCUUUGGUUAGAAAGUUCUGUAACUCUUUGACAUUUAUAAUCUUUAUAAUGAAUAUUGCCAACUUGACUUCAGGUGAAACAUAUGAAUUGUGGAAUGACAUUGUUGUGAGACCUUUUAGAACUCACCAUGUUAUACCAAGCCAGGUAUCUUUAACUUUUAAUUCUGUGAAUUGUGCAGAAAAUAUAGAAAAAGUAUAUAUAUUAUUUAUUUGUGAAUGUUCAAAUCUCUGAAUUAGAUAAAUAAAUUGGAAACCCAUUCUUGAGAGAUAAAAUUGUGAUCCACCCAUAAAUAAGUUUUACCUUUGAUAUCUUCUGCACACUGCAAGCUAGAGUGUCGGCAAAGGUGGUCCCUCUAAUGGAAGGUUUCAAAUCAAUGUAUUCUUAAUUAUCUUCUAUUAGCCGAUAUAGCAUAUCUGAGGGCAAUCUAGAAUUUCGGCGAAAGUGAUUCUUGGUCUUUCUAGAAAGUUCACCGGUUCUAAAUUCUCGAGGAAUGCACUCACAAGAUCUUGCCAAUUUGGCCCAAGUUGAGAACAGCAGUAAAUUUCAGGUUUGGAU